ACCGCUAUAAAAUUACAUAACGGCAUUGAGAAGUCUGAUUUUGACUAAUCGGUUCGGUUAGAGCUCACUCUUGUGAUUUUACGAACGCUGUCAGAAUCGGUUCGAAGGACAGAAAAGAUCCGGUGGAGAAGAAAGAGAUUUUCUUUGUAUAGGACUUGCAGUUUUUAAAGGCACUGAUGGAGACAACAAUGGAGCAGCUGUAUGCUCAGUUUGUGGACUGUCAUAGUGACAAGCUCAUCCAAAGGGUAACUGCUGUGAUGCCCAUUGCUGAUUCCCUGAGAGCUCUUAAAAUAAUUCAAGAGGAAACAUACUCACAGAUAUUUGUAGCCCCUACAAGAAUGGAUAAAAUGAGACAGUUACAUGAUGCUCUGAGCACCAAUGAACAAAAAUGUGCUUUUUAUAAUUUGCUCAAACUUAAUGAGCCCUUCCUGUUUGAAGAUCUUAAACGAAAAGUACCUCAAGAAAUUGAACAGGGAAUGGCAGGGUCAUCUGCACAGACCUCAUCAAAAGUACUGGAAACUGAGUCUCACCCUCAAAAUGCUGAAACAGUACAGACGGAAGCUAUCCAACAGAGGACUGAGGACCAACAAAUCACCAGGUGGAACAGAGACAGAUCCUGUACAAGACAUAGUACAAAAAUAGAGAAGCUGUUAAAAGAGCCUGACAGAAAAAAAGUAAGGAACCUCUACUUUUACAAAGAUGAGAAGUACAUGAUUGGCUUUGGAGGAAGCGGCACACAAGUAUAUAUUGGUGUGUGUGAAGACGGCACUGAGGUGGCCAUUAAAAUAAUACCCAAGAACCCAAAGAACAAAAAAGACUUCGAAAAUGAACUGAUUCAUUUGCAAGAUUCAAAGCUUGAAAGCCCAUAUAUUGUCAGGUAUGUGACCUGUGCAGAAGAUAAAGAUUUCUACUAUCUUGCAAACCAGCUUUGUGAAUAUGAUCUAGUGGACUACAUGGAAUAUCUUCGUCAGCCAGAGCAAAAGGACAGAAAAGAGACCACGUUGAGGAGAAUAGUGAAGGAGAUGCUUCUUGGCCUUCAAGUUCUUCACCAUGCUGGAGUGGUACAUCGUGAUAUAAAGCCUAGUAAUGUUUUGAUAGAUAAAGAAGAAAGGGCAAGGCUGGCUGACUUUGGUAUAAGUCGCAAACUGGAGGACGGGAAAACCAGAGUGUAUACCGAUAGAGCUGGCACGCAAGGCUGGGAGGCAACGGAGAUCCUGGAACAGUUCGAACAGGGCAAUACAGAGCUCAAAGCGCAUUACAAUCAGAGCUCUGACAUUCAGGUUGCGGGGAUGUUAACAUAUUACAUCCUCUCUGAUGGGAAACAUCCUUUUGGUGAUGGUAUCCGCCGUGAGGUGAACAUUUCAGAAGGGAAAUAUUCUCUUGGCGAUAUUCAAGACAUUGCAACAAAGGAUCUCAUAAAAUGGAUGAUUAACAAAGAUAAAGAUGAGAGACCGACCAUCAACAAAGUCCUAAAUCACCCUUAUUUCUGGGAUGAUAAACGGAUAAGAGAGGUUCUUCACAAUCUGGGUAAUAAAGAGGAAGUCCAGGAUUACGAGAACUAUAAAAACAAUGAAAAGCUUAAUGACACUGUAAAAAAAUACACAGAGGGAAAAACCUUUUCUGACUGGAAGACAAAGGUUCCUAAGACAUGGACAAAAAUUGGCAAAAAGCUCCCCAAUGACUUGCUUGGCCUGUUACGGCAUUUGCGUAAUGCGCUAGGACAUCAGGAAAAAGAGUUCUAUAAAGAGAAAAUGAUUGAUGAGUUCCCAGAUUUCCUCAUCAGUUUACACCGGCUGGCUAUGGACAUGGGAUGGGAAUACUGAAGAUGCUGAGAAAUUGCAUGUAGACACCUGUACAUAGUCUUUGUUUUUGUCAUUUUUAUAGUUUUGAUCAGGGGUGCCCAAACCUGUUCCUGGAGAUCGACCUUCCUGCAGAGUUUAGUUCCAACCAGUGUUCAAAUUGUGGGGGGCGGUCCCGGACCUCCCAUAAGCAUUAAGGGACCCCUCAUAACACCCAAAAAAAUAUACUUCAGGGGUACCCUGGUUUUUCAAUAAAUACAUAAUACGUCAAACAUAAAAUAGUGAAAAUGAAAUUAAAAGAUUUGAUUGCUGUAUUAAGUUUAGACCUGCUCACGUUAAAUCAUAGUUUAUUUUUACGCGUUUUUACAGCGUUGCGCAUUAUAACCAAUCACACACGACUCUGUUGAGUUUAGAAUGCAGUGGCCAAUCAGAGGCGUUCAGAAUAGUUAUUGCUGAAACCUGGAGUACAGGUGCGUUCACGCCAUAUCGAAAUUCCCGUAAUUACGAGAUUCCAACUUGUAACAAGCGUUCACGUCCUCGUAUAACUCGUAAUUACAACUUGUGAACUGGGAGUCUUCUGAGAGUUGUACCACAUGACCAAUAUAAGCUCUGUUUAGGUGUUGAUAGUGUUGCCAUAGAAAAGCAUAAUUCCAAGUCUAAGGACGUGAACAGCUCCGAGUAGAACGUCACAUGUUGUCAUCUCGAAAUUACGGUAAUUACUAUAUGGCGUGAACGCAGCAUUUUGUUCAGACUGAACUCGCGAAUUCCCCCAUCAUAAGCAACAAAGUGCAGAUAUACGAACUAUGUAAGUAAGAGAUUCAUUUAUCAUACAGUGUGUGGACAGCUUCACUGAUUAUAAGAGGAGUUAUGAGUGCUUGAGCACUAGCUAGACUGACUGCUCAUUUAGAGUGCGUACAACAGUUCAAUAAACUAGAAGUUAAUAUUAAGAGACUUACGUUUUAGACACCAUAUUGCAUAUUUUUGCUCUAUUUCUGCUCUAUUUCGCUAAUAAAAAAAUAAUUCCAAACACAGCCACAGCACUUUGCGUCUCUAAACAACGUGACGGUGUUUUGUUCCUGAAUCAAAUGAUUCGGUUACUGACACCUGCUGGCGGUUGUAAUUCCACAUUUAAAGUACCUUUUCAUUUUUUUAAAUAAUUGUGACGCGAUCUAGGAAAAACCUAAUCAAACACACCUGUCUGUAAUGAUCAAGUGCUCCUUCAGAUCCUAAUUAGCUGGUUCGGGUGUGUUUGGUCAGGGUUGAGCACCCCUGGUUUUGAUCAUGCCCUUUUUUGGAGACGAAUAUUUGACUUUAUUUCAGUUUUUGCUGCCUCAGCUGUGUUACACUUAAUGUUGAAUAUUAAUGUUUUUAUUAGUCCCUGUUGCCUUUUUAAACUUCUGUUAUUGAUUUCAGUUAAAGACUACUGAAGAUGAUUUCAAGGCCUGUUUUUGACUUAAGUCACUAUAGAUAUUUUGACUUGCUUGCUUGUUUAUAUUGACUGAAUCAGUGCUGUAAUGCUAAAUAAAUGUUAUUUGUAUAAUGUGAAAUGGUUUGUAAAGCAGUGAAAGAGUGUCGUCCAAAGAUCACGUAUACAAUAUGAUAAAGGGAUAGAUAAUACAAAAAUGAUAAUUCUGUAAUCUUUUACUCAUCCUAAUGCCAGUCUAAACUGUUAAACAAUUUAAACAAAAACUGUAAAUCAUUUAUUUUAUUUUGUUUAGAA